AUGUCAUGCAUGCAGCUGUGUGGCCUUAAGUUUGUGUUCUCUGGCGAUGAGUUUGUGAGCACAGAUGCGUGCAUAGUGGCGUCUAACCAUCGCAAUCGAUUGGACUGGCUAUUCCUAUGGGGCUUGUUUGUGCGCUACGGCAGGCUGCAGUAUCACAAGAUCAUGCUAAAGGCGCCGUUGAAGCACUUGCCUGGCCCUGGGUGGGCCACACAGGCCAUGUGCUUCCUCUUUGUGGAGCGCAGUUGGGAGAAAGACGAAGCGUACAUCAGCAGCUGGAUACAAUACUACCAGAACCAGAACUACCCGCUACAACUGGUGAUGUUUCCCGAGGGCACCGAUCUGAGCGCGGGCAAUCUUAAACGCAGCCACGCGUUCUCAGAGAAAAGUGGCCUGCCUGUGUACGAAUACGUUAUGCAUCCCCGUGUAAAGGGCUUCUGUUCGACUGUUCAGCAGCUGCGCAGCACCACAGACGCUGUGUACGAUGUGACGAUUGGUUACCCCAAAGGCCUUCCACAGAACGAGAAGGAGCUGGCCAUGGGCAUGUUCCCAGGAGAAGUGCACAUCCACGUCAAGCGGUACCUCAUGAUGUCCAUUCCGGACAAUGAAGAUGACCUGGGCCAAUGGGUUAAAGACAGGUGGGCUGACAAGGAACAGCGACUGAAAGCCUUCUACGCCCAGGCAAGGAAAGGUGGGUGGCACACAGUGUUAGUAUGA